AUGGCAACGAAUGACAAUCAAGAAGUGCAAUCGGCUUCAGAUAGCAAUCAUCAACUUACUGCAGAUGGGAAAAAUGCACAAAUGAUAAUUUGUCCAAACUGCCGGUGUAAAAUUCUAUUAAAGAAAACAGCGGAAUUAGUCAAUACUGAUAUUUUUUUACCGUACAUGAGGGUAAAGAAAAAUACUAGCAACCAAGAAUCAGGUCAAGUGGAUGGUGAACAGCUCAGUCAAUUUUGGAAAGUGGACAAUAUGUUCACUUUUGAAAACGUUGGUUUCACAAAGACAGUCGGGUCUAGCAUUAAAUAUUUGAUAUGUGCAGAUUGCGAGAUAGGCCCUAUCGGUUGGCACGAUAUCAACGAUAAAACAACCUUUUUAAUUGCUACACAACGUAUUCAUUAUUCCGACUAA